AUGCCGGAGAAGGGCACCGUCUGCGUCAUCCAGAUUGACCCGGUCAAGACGCUGGAGGAAACGGGAGACAAAAAGCUCGCAUUGUCUGCGAGGAGCCUCACGGCUGGCAAGUACCUCGCCUGCAUCACGGACACGAUUUCGUCGUUCGUGACGCCGAGUCGCCCCGACUUGUACAACGUCGCCUUCAUCUCGGAAGGGGUCCACAGCAGGGUCUCCAAUACGGGCAUCGACGACACCUGCGCCGUCGCUAUCUCUCCCAACAAGCGCGUCCUCCACGGCCGACAGCCCAUCGUGAUGUCGAGCAACCUGCUCAUGGCCCAGCCCUUCAUGUCGAUCCCAAUCGGGGAGACGGCGAAAGUGCGCAUCGCGUCGCAGCUCACGCCCCACCGCCCCCAGUUUAAGAUCCCUCCCAACGAGCUCGCGCGAUGGAGGGAGUUCAGCGUGCAGGCGGAUACGGACGGGGAGGACCUUGACGCAUUUGGCUCCCCGACGGCACCUCAGGAGGAGUGGGAUCAGCCGGGGUCGCCGUGGGCCCCCGAGCUUGGGAUCCCGAGGAAGAAGAAGGACCUGCCCUUCGUGCCCGACGGAGAGAUGGACCCCACCAUCCGCAUCGUCCCUCCGACGCCCGAGGUCGACGACUCUGGGUACUACGACCCCUUCGGCAUCCUCGUCCCUCCCCCUCCGCCCGUGCGCGAGCCUGAACCCGAGGUAGACGACGAUCGCAGUUGCGCCAGCUCGGACACGACGAUCACCCGGGGUUACAUCCACGACUACCCUCCCAGCCUCCUCGACGCCGAGACCUUCGCCAGCGAUAUGGUCAACUACGACGACGAGAGCCUGAUCCGCGCCCGCGGCUACUACGACGACGACGCCUCCGUCGACCUCUUCAGGAUAAUGUACAACAAGGAGCGCCGCGAGCGCGAGCCAGACGAGCUCUCAGAGAUCGACAAGCAACGCGAGCUCGAGAACCCGACGCGGCAUCUCCCCAUUGUCAACAUCGACUUCGACGUCGACGGUGCGAUCCGGAGGGGCGAGCUGUGCGACUUCCGCCAGUUCUACCGCGAGCGGCACACGCUGGACUACAUCAUCCGCGACCGCCGGCGCGAGAUCCUGUGGGACAUGUGGAAGUCUGCGAAAGAGUCGUACUCCUACUACCACGCCUUCAUUCCGGGUCCGCUCCCCAUCGCCAAGCUGCGCAGGGCGAAGGCGAUUGUCAAGCACGGGCGAGAGGCGCGCCAGUACCUGCAGAAGCACAAGGUCGCCGACGAAGAAUCAAUCAUAUGCAAUAUAGUGCAGUACAAGGUGGGGAAGAGGCUCGAGGAGCAACGCCUGGUGUCGGAGCAGACGAAGAAGCCUCGCAUUAUCGGUUGGCGGGCGAGUUGGGCUGCUGGGAUCACGGGUUAG